UCCAAAAUCCUCCAUCCCUUUGGCAUAUGGCUCAAGACGGUCCCCAUGACCACCAGGACACCACCUCCUCCGACGAGCGCAGCUUCGUGCCACCGAUGACCUUGACCUUCCUGGGUCCUGUUAAGAACGAGAACGAUGACGACAACCGUGGAUCCAGGAUCGGCAGCCCGGUGGGCAUGGAUGGCCGUGAGGGGAAGGACGUCGUCCCGAAUGCUGCCAUACAAGGUGGAGAUGGCUCGGCCGGUGGCGGCAAGGCCGACUCCGGCACAUCCGAAGGUAAGCACUUGGCAACUGGCGCAGCUGCCGCCGACGCUGCUGGAGACGGCUCCACCUCCAACAAGGGUAAGACCACCUUGGCUGCUGUCGACGAUGGCGAGCUCAAGGUGCACAUCAUCAUGGAGCGAGAGCGUCGGAGGCGGAUGAAGGAUAUGUUCAACACCCUGCAUGAGCUGAUGCCCCACGUCUCCAAUAAGGUUGACAAGGCGACCCUGAUCGGAGAGACGAUCAACUUCAUCAAGACCCUAGAGGAGACCAAAGCCCAGCUGGAGAAGAAGAAGCUGGAGCAAGCACUUGCGCGGCAGGCUACCGCUGAGGCUGCCGCCAGCGGGGCGUCCUCCUUCUCGGUGCCGCGCACCGCGCACGGGAUGGCGGCCCUGUCGGACGGCUGGGACCCCGUGCCUCGGCAGCAACCUGCGGCGGCGGGGCCGGUCGGGUUCCAGACCUGGUCCACACCGAAUGUCGUGCUGAGUGUGCUGAACGACGAGGCGGUCAUCAACGUGUGCGUGCCGCGGCAGCGCGGCGUGCUGACAAUGGUGCUUUCCGUGCUGAGAAAGCAUGGGAUCGACGUGAUCUCGAUUCAGGUUGGGGCCGACGACGCCCAAAGCUUCUUCAACAUCAAUACCCGUGUGAAUGGAGCUGGUGGUGAAAACCGAUCGGCGGAGGACAUAUACAAGCUGGCGGUGUCGGAGAUCAUGGUGUGGCUCUCUAACUAG